ACCAACAAGUCACCAUGCGCUCCUUUAUCGUCCUAUGCCUGAUUGCCGUGGCUGCCGCGGAUAAGCUCGGCUACAACUACCAGCCGGUGGCCCACUCCGCCUCCGGACUGAGUUUCCAGCCCUCGGGAGCGGGAAGCAGCGUUGCUCCCUCAUUCGCCGCUGCUCCUGGCGGAUCUAUUGCUGCACCCAUUUCGGAUUUCGCCGGUCCCAUUGGAGAACAAUCCGUCGCUGCCCCUAACUACGCUGCUCCCCAGGCUGAGCUCCAGAAGGAGUUCUACACCUACACCGCCGACGAAGGUGACUUCUACGAUCCCGCUGCCUCCGACCAGGUCUCCUCCGCCCUGAACAAGGCCCUGCGCGUCGUCUUCAUCAAGGGACCCGAAAACCGUGGCCUGGAGAACGCCGCCCUGGCUCUGGCCAAGCAGGCUGCCCAGCAGGAGACCGCCAUCUAUGUCCUCAACAAGCAGGCCGACAUCGGAGAUCUGGCCAACAAGCUGAACGCCAUCCGCAACAACAACAACAACAAGCCCGAGGUUCACUUCGUCAAGUACCGCACUCCCGAGGACGCCGCCAAUGCCCAGCGCGCCAUCCAGUCUCAGUACGACCAGCUCGGAGGAUCUUCCCAGUCCCACGACGGUGGUGUGGCCUCCUCUCUGAACUUUGCUUCCCAGUCGGCUCCCGCCCCUGCUCCAGCUGCCAGCGCCCCAGGACCCAGCUACUUGCCCGCCAACAUCUUCCGUCGCCUUCCACACCCACAACUUCCAAACAUCUCUUCUAUCGCCAUGCGUUUCCUUAUCGCCUUCUGCCUGAUUGGUGCCGCCUGCGCCCAAUACAACUACGGUGCCGGUUUCAGCGGAGCCGCCUCCGACAAUGUGCCCUCCAUCUCCGGAUUCGGAGGCUCUUCAGGAGCUGGUGACUACGAUUCGGCUGCCAGCGCCCCUGUGAGCUACACGCCCUCCGGUGAGCUGAACAAGGAGUUCUACACCUUCGAGGCCGAUGAGAGCCAGUUCGAGGAUCCUCUGGCCAACCAGAAGAUUGCCGGUGCCGUGAACAGGGGACUGCGUGUCGUCUUCAUCAAGGGACCCGAGAACCGUGGCUUGGAGAACGCUGCCCUGGCCCUGGCCAAGCAGGCUGCCGAGCAGAAAACCGCCAUCUAUGUCCUCAACAAGCAGACCGACAUCGGUGAUCUGGCCAACAAGUUCAACGCCGUCCGCCAGAACGCCAACCAGCGUCCUGAGGUCCACUUCGUCAAGUACCGCACUCCCGAGGAUGCUGCCAAUGCCCAGCGCGCCAUCCAGUCCCAGUACGACAACCUGGGCGGUACCAGCCAGAACAUCAACGGAGGCGUGGCCAACGCCAUCAACUUCGCUUCCGCCGGAGCAGCCCCUGCUCGUAGCAACAACUACUCCCCACCCGGAGCUGUGAGCAACUCCUACCUGCCCGCCAACAUCCUGCGUCGCCUGCGCAUCCUAACCACCGCCGCAGUCAUAGGCAGAAGCAAUUUGUGCUCCGAUCCAAGAGAACCUCCAAACACUCAACCACAACUCAACAUGCGCGCCUUCAUCGUAAUGUGCCUGGUGGCCGUCGCCUGCGCCGACAAACUUGGCUACAACUACCAGCCCGUGGCCCACUCCAGCUCGGGACUAUCCUUCGCUCCUGGAAGCGGCUCCAUUGGAGGUGGCUCCAUUGGAGGAGGAUCUCUGGGAGGUGGUUCCCUGGGAGGUGGCUCCCUGGGAGGUGGCCUCCUCGGAGGUGGCUCCCUGGGAGGCGGCUCUCUGGGAGGUGGCUCCCUGGGAGGUGGCUCCUUGGGAGGUGGCUCCCUGGGACUUGGCUCUCUGGGAGGUGGUUCCCUUGAUGCCGGUCUUGGCAGCCUUGGAGGCAGCAUCGGAGGUGGUGAUGCCCUGAGCGCCCCCGUCUCCUACAACGCCCCCGCCCCCACUGGUGAACUUGAGAAGGAAUUCUUCACCUUCAGCGCCAACGAGCAGGACUUCGAUGAGCCCCAGCAGCUUGAGAAGGUCUCUUCCGCCCUGAACAAGGCCCUGCGCGUCGUCUUCAUCAAGGGACCCGAGAACCGUGGCCUGGAGAACGCCGCUUUGGCUCUGGCCAAGCAGGCUGCCCAGCAGGAGACCGCCAUCUACGUUCUGAACAAGCAGGCUGACAUCGGUGAUCUGGCCAGCAAGUUGAACGCCAUCCGCAGCAACAACAACAACAAGCCCGAGGUUCACUUCGUCAAGUACCGCACCCAGGAGGAUGCUGCCAACGCCCAGCGCGCCAUCCAGUCCCAGUACGACCAGUUGGGAGGAUCUUCUCAGGCUCAUGACGGUGGCGUCGCCUCCGCCCUGAACUUUGCUUCCGCCGGACCCAUCCAGAAGGCUAACGCCCAGAUCCCCGAAAAUGCAUACUUGCCCACCUCGGUCUUCCGUCGUCGUUUAAGCAAAAGCUUGGUAGGCGGCAAACAGAGUGGCAUCAAAGCGAUUUCCAUGCAGCGCCCUCGCCGCGGCGGUAUCUUUGUCUUUAUCAGCCUCCAAGAUGGAUUUCUCAAGAUGCGUGCCUUCAUCGUCCUGUGUUUCGUGGCAGUUGCCUGCGCCGAUAAGCUCGGCUAUAACUAUCAGCCUGUUGGACACUCCAGCUCCGGACUGUCCUUUGCUCCAGGCAGUGGUGCAUCUCUAGGAGGUGGCUCCCUUGGCGGAGGCUCUCUUGGAGGUGGCUCCCUGGGAGGUGGCUCUCUGGGAGGUGGCUCCCUGGGAGGUGGCUCUCUAGGAGGUGGCUCCCUGGGAGGUGGCUCUCUGGGAGGCGGCUCCUUGGGACUUGGCUCUCUGGGAGGUGGUUCCCUUGAUGCCGGUCUGGGAGGUCUUGGUGGCAGCAUCGGAGGAGGUGAUGCCCUGAGCGCCCCCGUCUCCUACAACGCCCCCGCCCCCACUGGUGAGCUCGAGAAGGAAUUCUUCACCUUCAGCGCCAACGAGCAGGACUUCGAUGAGCCUCAAGAACUGGAACGCGUUGCUGGCUCCGUGAACAAGGGACUGCGCGUCGUCUUCAUCAAGGGACCCGAGAACCGUGGCCUGGAGAACGCUGCCCUGGCACUGGCCAAGCAGGCUGCCCAGCAGGAGACCGCCAUCUACGUUCUGAACAAGCAGUCCGACAUCGGUGAUCUGGCCAACAAGCUGAACGCCAUCCGCAGCAACAACAACAACAAGCCCGAGGUGCACUUCGUCAAGUACCGCACCCCCGAGGAUGCUGCUAACGCCCAGCGCGCCAUCCAGUCUCAGUACGACCAGCUGGGAGGAUCCUCCCAGGCUCAUGAUGGUGGUGUUGCCCCCGCUCUGAACUUCGCCUCCGCCGGACCCGUCCAGAAGGUCAACGCCCAGAUCCCCGACAACGCCUACCUGCCCACCUCGGUCUUCCGCCGCCUCCGCUUUUAAGAAGGAUAUCGAUUUGAACUAGCCUAAGAGAAACAGACUGAAGAAUUCAAUCUUCCUGUUACACGUUGUUGACUAAUGCAUAAUUACGAUAAUAAAUUUGAAACAUAUAAAACGAAAA